CGCCACAGCAUGAUUAUUUAUGACCCAAACCCUACUAAAUUACUUAUUUCAGACACUAUUACUGGUCUUAAGAGCACGUGAAUUGUAAAUUAAUAAUGGCGUACGCAGAAAAACCAGCGUUUCUCCAGUUUUUCCAAAUCAUCAUGCUCGCCAUUAGUCUCGGCUUGGAGUCAUACGCCUUCAUGAUUGACCGAGGCUGGAAAAAAACCUUAAAUAAAAAUGGCAAAGGCCGCAUUUGUCCUUGGCUGAUCCAAAACGUGAACGAGGAGAUGUAUAACUAUUACAAGGCUCAACUACCAGACCAAUUCAACGGAACUGACAAUUCCGUCGAGAAGAGAUUCUUCAUGGAAAACAUUAGCCGCGGAUCUGGUGAAGAAACGGCAGCCAUUGCCUUAAUUUCGUUCUCCAUUGUCCUCCUCUUGGUCCAUCUCGUUUUGGCGUGCAUCUCAAGGAAUAAUUCUUACAGGACGAAAUGGACUGCGUCGGUGCAAGGAAUUUCCGUUUUUGCGAGUGGAUUUGCUGCAAUUUUUAUCGCAAUCUCUUCCCACGAAUAUCGAAGUCUGUACCACAGUUUGAGCAGCAAACUCCUAGAAUGCAUCCUCUUACCGACUUGUGUUGAUGACGAGUACAAAAACACGACGGUGACGAGCAAAUAUCUGAAACUUCAAGGGUUUAAAAAUCCUGACGAAAGUGCGGAAAAAUUGAGAAAUGUAUUCUCCAAUAACUACGUGUGUCAAGCAUACGACAUGAAAAUUGCUUCUGCGGCAAUUUGUGGAGUCAUGAUUUUGCUCAGCUUUAUAAUCAUUUGCAGCGCUAUGGAUUUGACCACAAUUUACAAUGAAGAGGACGUGGAUGAAGAAGAACGCAAAAGGCGACUAGCCUUCCAUAUGCAUGCACUACACGUCAAGCGUCGCCAGCACACCAAAUCUCAAUCCCAAAUUAACAUUGGAGACUCGGAAGAGAUAACUGACCUGGAAAAACCCCAAGGUUUCAAGGCGAUGGGGUCAAGGGCAAAAUUGAAAUCUAAAGCGGACGAGGAUUAAACGGUCGUCGUAACAAAUUGACCUUGAAAAUCAGUGUUCGUUCGUGUACAUUUUCAGGUUUAGUUUAUUGCUGUGAAAGACAAACAACUUACUUAUUCUCCUGUGAUCCCAAUGCAAGCCGUAUCAAUCUCUCUCUCUCUCACCCACUCUGCCAUGACAUAGAAUAACAAACAUUGCAUUAAAGUUUGUGGUUCAAACAGCAGACUUUCUCAUGGAAUAAUAAUCUUCUUAUAACAUUUCCAAAACCAAAAGCGCAGAUUAAUUCAUGUCUGCGGCAGCAUAUUGUUAGGAAACAAACAAAUUUUGCUCUCUUUGUCCAAACACUUGUCGAAUAGCGGCUCGAUCUCAUCAACUUUCACCUUGAGCAAAUAAUCACGACCAACUUUCUCUCCUGUCAUUUGCUGGCUGCGUGAUCAGACCGUGAUUCCAAUUCCAAAAUUCCAAUUCCACCAAAUCCUACCUAUGGUGCACGAUAAGGAAGAAGACAAGUGUUUCUCAACUGAGAUCGUGUCCAGAUUCACGGCACGAAGGAAAGAAAGAAGUUGAUAAAUUUUGAGAGAAGAAAGCGCAGCUUUUGGUGGUCUGAAUUCACAGAGAAUGAGACGAGACCUAAGCAAAUAUCUAUAAAAGAGUAGUCCUUGUUAUUUUCUCUGUCCGUUGUUCUCUGUUCCGUCCUCAGAAUUCUCAAUUUGAUGCAACAUGCAGUAGUUGAAUUGAGUUACGGAGAGCUCCUCUUUCUCGACCCGAAGCGCAUGUGAAAGUGGAUCUGACAAAAUAAAAAGUCGGACGAACUGUGUCAUCCUUCGUAUGUUGGGCGUCCAUAGGAGAAAGUUAGUCGAAACCAGCGGUGGUGGUGGUGCUGGUUGGUAGGUAGGUACAUAUACGGAUAGAGAGAAAUAAGGACGUGUAGAUGAGGAAAAGCUCAUUCCUCGUUCUCCUUUCUCUCCUUGAGGACAUCAUCAUCAUCAUCUGCUUUCCCCAACUUUCUCCCUUUUUCGUAACGUCACGUAACUAUUCCUCUUGGUGUAUUUUCUGUAGGAAUUUCCCAGAUUAACGUUAUUUUGGAAACGUGCUUCUUUUCGACGGCCUGUUAAACAUACAUACAACGAAUCGAAAGCUUAAUUAGCUUCCUGCUAGUUCUAGGUGUCUUGAAAAGGUAGACAAUAAUAAUAAUAAAACACUUUACGUAAUGCCAUAUAUUGGCUGGUAAAUAAGCAAGGAAGGAAAAUGGACAAAAAAUAUGAUGGUGAGAAUGAAGGAUGCUGCGGAAAAUGCAUGUCUUGUCUCAUGUGUUGCAAUCUCCCAGCUUCCGCUGGAGUGAAACUUGUCUCCAUUUUUUCGAUCUUGUUUGGACUCUUGUACUGCUGUCUGGGGGUGUGGACGUUGAUCGUGACGUCAUCAAAUGGCGACCUACCUCCUCGACAACAACUCUUUUACGAAGUUUGGACCGGGUCGGAGACAUCGAGUGACCCAUAUCAAGGGAUUUAUGUCACCAGCCCGAAGAAAUUGGUCCCCCUGAAUGCCAACUACAAUUGUCUCAUUGCGCUGGCAUGUAUCGCGCUGGCAUGCGGAUUUGUGAGAACUCUUUCAAGUAUUUUCCUCCUCUGGAACUCGGUUGAAAAGCAUAGCAUUCUUCCUGGAAAAGUCUGGAUUUGGUUGACGACCAUCGGAAUGACCACCGUGGUCACAUAUACCGUCGUAUUUCUGAACAUCACGGGCUUCAUCAGUGACACGCCUUUCUCUCCCAUACGCGUUCUCAAUGACAAGUUCUCCUUCUACAUUCUCAUCACCAUCUUCCGGUUCAUCUGCUUUUCGGAUAUCUUCUUAUCCAUCUACUUUGUCUUCAUCGUGCUCUGGUUCGUCCGAACGCGAUAAGCAAAUUUAUCUAUCGCAUGCGCAAGAAAUGUAAUGUUAAUACGUAGAGAUGAAGAUGACAAGGCUUGAUAAGCUGAUGUUGAAUUGAAGGGCUGGAAUCUCAAUUUAUGCAUUUCCUUAUCACUCAAUAGAUAAUCUCUCUCACACAAAUAAUGAAAACCUUGUAACAUUACUCAGAAUUCUUAUACCUACAAAAAUAAUUGGAUUUUCCUGCAGAAUCUUAGAUCUUUGCUAAAUAUUAGUAUUAAAUUUAAAAUGGAAUCUCAACCCUUUUAUCCACUACUCAGUAUUAAAUAUAAGACGACAAUCUGUCAAGUAUAAUAAUUAUAUAUAUGUAGACAUCUUUUUCUGCAUGUCCGUGUGUCGUGUCUGUUGUUGUUACAGUCGAAUUAGUAAUUUAUGUGAUCAAAAGUACAUUAAAUGCAAUACGAGUAGGUCUUAUAGAUGAUGAUAUGUGGGCUUCUUGAUAAGAGGCAGUGACAUACAUGAAUCUCUUAUUGGAUACUCUUACCUACGUAGAAAAAUAGAGGUGAAUUUAGAAACUUGAGCUUUAUAAGUUUAUGUUUUCGUUUCCAAUUGUCCGACAUAAAACAGCACAACCAGUUAUUGUUAGAAUUUGGUUAUGACAGUGAGUGAUACGAAUAAAUUAUAGAUUUAUGUAUGAUAUUGCGAUGUAUGUGUAUACCGUAGCAUUAGUGACAAUACUUACAUACCGAAUAAAAGUAUGAAUACUGAAA